UGACAGGUGACAAUUGACAGUUCUUAUAUUUAGCACUAUUUGUUAUACUCUAAAUGUUUUAUUGCUUAAAUGAUGACGGAAUUUCACUUAUUUACUUCUGACGUCAAAUAAAUGACACAUUUGCACGAAUAUCGCCGAACACGAAUACGAGUAUGUGUCAAACACAGAAUCUUGAGAAUGAUAAAAUUUUUAUAAUAUAGCGAAAUUAUGCUGUGUAGAUAAUAAUUAUCUUUAAUCUAUUUCCCUGGAGAACAAUAUGUGUUUUCGAUGUGAUAAAUAUUGCUUUUAAUUAAUUGUAUUCCUAUAAAUUAAUUUAUUUAACUAAAAAGUAAGAAAUAUGGAAGAGAAAAACAACGCAGAUGUUAAUUGGUCAAGAUUUGGAUUGGGAACAGAUAAGUCAUCAAGAUUACGAGGAAAUACCACUGGUUUUGUAGACUUGGGAAAUGAAUAUGAUUACGGAGCAGGUGGCCACCAAGCAUCAGGAGCAAAUGAAUUGUUCGCCGAAGAACAAGGUGAUGUUCCAUGGUGGAAAUCAAACUUUUUUAUAUCACAACCGGUUCUUUUUGGAACAUGGGAUGGCGUAUUCACUUCUUGCUUAAUAAACGUUUUUGGUGUAAUCGUAUUUUUACGAUCCGGUUGGAUUGUUGGACAAGCUGGAGUCUUUUGUGCUAUAUUAAUUGUCUUUGCAACAGUCUUCAUUGCUUUAAUAUCGGUCUUAUCAGCCGUGGGAAUUUGCGAACGUUGCCGAAUAGAAAGUGGUGGUGUUUAUUUUUUGCUUGCGCAUGUUUUGGGAUCUAGAUUCGGUGGCUCUAUAGGACUCAUAUAUUGUUUUGGACAGGCUGUUGGUUGCGCAUUGAAUGUUCUUGGGUUUGGCGAAACAAUGGCGGAGUUGAUUGGAGCUGGAGAUUUUAUUUGGGCUAAAAGAGGUAUUGCUGGAGCUGCAGUACUUCUUGUUAGCAUGAUUAAUAUUGCUGGAGUCAAAUGGGUUAUUAAAUUACAAUUUAUUUUGCUAAUUAUUUUAUUAUUAGCUGGUUUGGAUUUUCUUGUGGGAAGUUUUGUUAAUACUGAUAUUGCAAAUGGUUUUGAAGGCUGGUUAAGUGGAAAUUUAGGUUUAAAUCUUUGGCCAGCUUAUCAAGAUGGUUACAGUUGGUUCACCGUUUUCGGUGUAUUUUUCCCAACUAUAACCGGGAUUUUAUCUGGUAUUAAUAUGAGUGGGGAUUUAAGAGCGCCAUCCGUUAAUAUUCCGAACGGAACUUUAGCGGCAAUCAGUACGGGAACGUUUUUCUAUUUGAUUUUUGUUAUGGUUUUGGGGGCAACCUGCACCAGGCAUGCUUUAUUAACUGAUUUUAAUAUAGCCGCAACGGUUUCUGCUGUACAAGUGUUAUUAUUAGCUGGUUUGUAUGUUUCAUCGAUGUCGAGUUGUUUGGGAGCUAUGUAUGGCACACCUAGGGUUUUACAAAGUAUUUCAUUGGAAAAUGUCAUUCCCGGAAUUGGAGUUUUAGGACGUGGAAGAGGUCCAAAUAAAGUGCCCUUAUACGCUUUAGCCGUCGUAGCAACAAUAACAUUAACAUUUAUCUUAAUCGGCGAUAUUAAUACAUUAGCACCAGUCGUAACAUUGCCGUUCCUCUUGACGUAUGCGUGCGUCGAUUAUGCGUAUUUCGCGUUGGCACAAACUUUUGAUCUUCAGCAUCAACGCGAACAAAGAUUUUGUAAGCAAAAGUCUCAAUUGACAUUGAACAAUCAUAUCGAUAGCAACGAUUUGGACGCUUUAUUUCCGGAACGUACGCGCCAUAGAACGUUACGCGCAGAUUCCAGUUCCGGUUCUAUAAGCAGCCCUGAAGAUCGUUCCGAAACAACACCGAUUGUGCCUAAACCACAUAUUCAUUCAAAAACGAAAAAUUGGUACUCAAGUUUAUGCAACAGAUGGUUAUCGUUGAUUGGGGCCGUUAUGAAAUUGGUCGUUAUGUUCUUGGUCCAUUGGGCGUACGCUUUAGCCUGUAUCACCGUUGUGUUCUUGGUUUGGUUAUACAUUGGUACGGCAAAUCCCGCUGUUAAACCUGGGUUGGCAGCUGAAUUUCGAUUUUUCCGCUGGUUCAAAACCGUUAUGUAUAGAUGUUUUGGAAAACGUGUACAUGAAUAUGAACAAAUUGUGGUAACACCAGUAAACCCAGUUGUCGAUAUUGCACCUGCACAAUUAAACGAGGAUAACGAGGACUUUGCUUCGCGAAGACGUUACCAUCAAUCCGCCACUGUUCAAGGGCAGCUUGUACAGAUUGAAGAUUAACAAUAUGUUUAAGAUGAAAGAAAAAGUAUUUAAGAGUGAAAGUCAUUAAGAGAAAAAAUUAAAAAAAAAACAUUUUGCAAUAUUUUAAUACUUAAUAUUUAAUAAAAAUAACGCGUGUAAUAAUAACGUUUAUUAUAUUGCUGUAAUUAAUAAAGAAAAGUGCAAAUUA